AUGACCCAAUACUUAGCUACCGCACAGGGCAUGCCAAAAGAGGUGGAAGACAUCCUCUCAGCCAAGUCAAGUAAGUUUGUCUGGGACAAUGAAGGAAAGAACACAGUAAGCAUGAAGACGCUAUGUGCUCCUAUAGCGAAAGGCGGAAAGAAUGUACUUCACCUCAAGAGCCAUAACAAAGCCAUCAAGCUCAAAUGGCUGAAAGGCCUACUCGCCCCAAUAGAAACAAGACCUCGGUGGGCAUUCUUCGCGAAUGCCAUUCUAGCGAAAGCAGCACUAAACUCACCCAUAGUUAAACAUAGCGCCAAGAUCAACCCAUUCCUCCAGACUUGGUCCCCGUCCCAAAAGAGGCUACCCUCCAACCUCCGUCGAAUCAUCCAAACCGCAAAGAAAUACGGUACCCGUUGGGAGGCCAUCACCAUCAAUCCUUCCAUCGCAAGGGAACUACCAGUGUGGUUUCACAUUGGCGCUUCGGCGGACCUAAAUAAGUUGAACAACCACCUAUAUGCGGCAUGCUUAAGAGACAAUCAUCUCGCCACCUCCACAAAAUAA